AUGCACUCGUCACUGGACAAGCCCCAUCCGGAAUGCCAAGCGCUCGUGGACGAGCUGCGACUGUGUCAUGCGGAGCACCCGUACACCAAGUUUGUCGGGUCGUGCAACGACAUCAAGGCCGCGUUGAACGAGUGUUUUGCCAAGGAAAACGCGUUCCGACGCAAAGCCAACAUGGACAAAGCGCGCGCAUUCAACAAGGAAUGGAAGGAAUUCAAGGAGCAAAAGCAAGCCGCCGCCGCCGCCGCCUCGGCAUAA